CCGGGGUCCUGCGUGCGAAGUACGCGGAAGCUACAGGCGGAGGGAGCUUCGACGGGAAGCGGUCUGGUCUGUCAAAGGAAGGAAAACAUUUCCCCCCCAUUCUCACGUUAGACUCCCGGAGGCUCGAUCCCACCGAACAGCGCCGGCAUCCGCUGCGAUGAUCCUGUUAGAAAUCAAUAACCGCAUCAUAGAGGAGACGCUGACGCUCAAGUUCGACGGCGCAUCCAACGGAACCAAACCUGAGGCCGUCGAUGUGACGUUUGCUGACUUCGAUGGCGUCUUGUACCACAUCUCCAACCCCAACGGGGACAAGACCAAAGUGAUGGUCAGCAUCUCCCUGAAGUUCUACAAGGAGCUGCAGGAGCACGGCGCUGACGAGUUACUCAAGAGGGUCUACGGAAACUUCCUGGUUUCAACAGAGGCUGGCUACAACGUGUCCCUGCUCUACGACCUGGAGGCGCUGCCCGCCAACAAAGACGAGGUCGUUCACCAGGCCGGGAUGCUCAAGAGGAACUGCUUCGCUUCGGUGUUCGAGAAGUACUUCAAGUUCCAGGAAGAGGGCAAGGAGGGCGAGCAGAGGGCCGUGGUCCACUACAGAGACGACGAGUCCAUGUACGUGGAGUCCAAGAAAGACAGGGUGACGGUUGUCUUCAGCACCGUGUUCAAAGACGACGACGACGUCAUCAUCGGCAAAGUCUUCAUGCAGGAGUUCAAAGAGGGUCGGAGGGCCAGCCACACAGCUCCCCAGGUGCUCUUCAGCCACAGGGAGCCUCCUCUGGAGCUGAAGGACACAGACGCCGCCGUCGGGGACAACAUCGGCUACAUCACCUUCGUGCUGUUUCCUCGCCACACCAACGCCAACGCCAGAGACAACACCAUCAACCUCAUCCACACCUUCAGGGACUACCUGCACUACCACAUAAAGUGCUCCAAGGCCUACAUUCACACACGCAUGAGAGCCAAGACGUCGGACUUCCUCAAGGUGCUGAACCGCGCCCGGCCCGACGCCGAGAAGAAGGAGAUGAAGACCAUGUCCGGGAAGACUUUCACCCGCUGAGGCCAGCCGUCGCUCGAGACACCCAAACCCCCCCCCGGGGGGCGCCGGUCCGCCGCACCGCAAAUCCGACUCAACGCCACAUUGGACAGGACUUCAGGACGCCCCCCAUCGCCUCCCAAAAAAAAAAAAAAGUGUCCAGCUUUUCUUUCGUUUAAUUUUUUUAUUUUUUUCUGUUUGUUCUUCUUUUUUUACUUCUUCCUGUUUUGGAUGAGUAAUAAAGUCGGCUCCACUCUAGGAAAGCCAAGGCUAAAGAUCCAUGGAAAAAAAAAAGGGCAUUCCUUGCUUUGCAUUGUUAAAGAGAAUUAUUAGUCCUAUAUAAAUAUAUAUAUGAACAAAAUGAAUGAAACUUUUGAUACGAUAUUUUACUCCAUUUGGUACUCUUGCUUGGCCCCCCCCAGCCCUCACCAUGUAUUAUCCACAUGUUGGAUGAAUUAAAUUCCCCUCCUCUCUGUGCUUUCAUGUCGUCUGUACCAUCAUCAUUUGAAAAAUAAAAACUCUCUUUAAAAAAAA